CCUGACACGGCUCACAUCAGCAGUUGCAUCUCGUCCCAGAAGCAACGACCUUGGUCUACUUUGAGGGAAGAAGUGAAACUUUCUCCAAAACCCAUCUGAGAUCUCUGAGAUUCCACCAUGUCCACCGACCCAGCAGCAGAUCUCCCUUUCUUUUACGGCAGCAUCAGUCGCUACGACGCUGAGAAGUAUUUAAAACUGGCCGGGAUGGCGGACGGCCUUUUCUUGCUGCGUCAGUGUCUCCGAAGUCUGGGUGGAUAUGUCCUCUCUGUGGUGUGUGACCUGGAGUUCCACCAUUACUCCAUUGAGAAACAGCUGAAUGACACGUACUGCAUCGCAGGAGGUAAACCCCACUGUGGGCCCGCGGAGCUUUGUGAGUUUUACAGCAAGGACCCCGACGGGUUGGUGUGUGCCUUGAAGAAACCUUGCUUACGCUCCUCGGAUACCACCAUCAAAACCGGUGUGUUUGACAGCCUGAAGGAGAACAUGUUGAAGGAGUAUGUGAAGCAGACAUGGGGACUUGAGGGAGAAGCCAUGAAGCAGGCUAUCAUCAGCCAAGCUCCUCAACUGGGAAAACUCAUCGCCACCACGGCCCACGAGAAGAUGCUUUGGUAUCACGGUAAAAUCCCACGACAGGAAAGCGAGAGACUACUUUACUGUGGAACGCAACCAGACGGCAAGUUUCUGAUUAGAGACAGAGAGGAACCUGGUACUUUUGCGCUUUCUGUCAUGUAUGGAAAGUCCGUGUAUCACUAUCAAAUACUUCAAGGCAAAUCGGGAAAAUAUUCAGUGCCAGAGGGAACAAAGUUUGACACAAUAUGGCAGUUGGUAGAGUACCUGAAGCUAAAACCUGAUGGCCUGGUGACAUGUCUUGGAGAUGCGUGCAUCAGCAGAGCCACUGGAAAAAUACCCAGUCUUCCGGCAACUAGGAGAACCGGCCCAAAUAGCUACACACCGCCACCUCAAGUAGCUGCAAAUGUGACAUCGAUCGCAUCCUCGGAUGUACCUGGAGAUAACGUUCUUCCGAUGGAUUGCAUUGGCUUCAAUCCGUAUCAUGACCCCAACGAUAUUAAGAAGUUUAACAUUCGUAGGGAUCAGCUCCUCAUCGAUGAGCUGGAGCUUGGCUCCGGGAAUUUCGGCUGCGUCAAGAAAGGAGUCCUCAAAGCCGACAACGGUCAGAUGGACGUCGCUAUUAAAGUGCUGAAGAAUGACAAUGAGAAGAUGGUGAAGGAGGAGAUGAUGAGGGAGGCGGAGAUCAUGCACCAGCUUAGUAAUCCUUUCAUUGUUCGGAUGCUGGGGUUGUGCAACGCUGAGAGUUUGAUGUUAGUGAUGGAGAUGGCCUCCGCCGGACCUCUUAACAAAUUUCUCUCCUCCAGGAAAGACACCGUAACGGUGGAGAGCAUCGUCAACAUGAUGCAUCAGGUGUCCAUGGGAAUGAAAUACCUGGAGGAGAAGAACUUUGUGCACAGGGAUUUAGCAGCUCGCAAUGUCCUGCUGGUGAACGAAAAGUUUGCGAAAAUCAGCGAUUUUGGAUUAUCCAAGGCCCUGGGAGCGGAUGACAACUACUACAAGGCCCGUUCUGCAGGACCAUGGCCGCUGAAGUGGUACGCUCCAGAAUGUAUAAACUUCCGCAAAUUCUCCAGUAAAAGUGACGUGUGGAGUUACGGGGUCACGAUGUGGGAAGCCUUCUCAUAUGGGGGGAAACCUUACAAGAAAAUGAAACAGAUGGAGGUGACGACUUUCAUCGAAAGUGGGAAGCGCUUGGCGUGUCCCACUAAGUGUCCACAACGAAUGUAUGCAGUCAUGCAAGAAUGCUGGACAUACAAACAUGAGGACCGUCCCAACUUCAAGAAGGUGGAGGAGUCCGUGAGAUCUUACCAUUAUUCCAUAUCAAACAAGGUUAAAACAGAGGAUUCUGCCACUGCCGUUGAGCCUAACGAAUAGACGGAAGAACAAGGCACAUUCUGUCCCACGGCUGCACAAUGUAGCCAUUCAGCUAACCAUUAAACAACCAAAACAAAGAGCUAUUUAUGAGGCGUGCACAACGCCCGGCCGUAACCCCGGCAUUGACAGCUAAACAGGCCUCUGUGACGAUAAGGAAACGUGUAACAUCAGUGUGUCGGACAUUUCCGUCUGCUUCAAUGUCUGCAUCUACCGUGUGAUUU